AAGGAAUGGUGCAUACGUGUGCGCGUGGCUGGAGAAGGGUGCUCGGGAGCUGUGCCCGGGGCAGGGAUCAUCAAGGCCUUAGGCAGAUGAGCCAUAGAAGGGACACGGGGUGGUUGCCUGUCUGUGUGCUGGUGACGGCUCAGGAACUGGCUUCACGGUGUCAGCUGGAAGUGUAACUGCGCUGACUCAUCUGUGUGCACGGGUCUCUAGCGUGGGCUCAGUGGGGCUCUAACGUCCAGCUGGCUUGGAGCAGCUCCCUGCCACGUGCUGUGGUCAGCACUGGCAUGGGGUCCCGAGCCAGACAUGCUAUUCCCAUCUGCCUGGCCUGGCCUGGAGCAGGAGGGGUUGAGCUUGCUGCUUUGGAGCACAGGGAGCCAGUGGCCACAGCCAAGCCAGGCUGUCUGUGGUGUGUCUGCAGCUCUGUUGGAGAAACCAGGGCUUGGGCAGCCCCUGAUUGCCUGCCCCGCAACCUGUUCUGUGCUUCUGGGGCCUUGGCAGGACCUUCACUAGGGAAGGCAGCCCCUGCCCUGUUAGCACGGCCCCAGGCCCCAGACCCAGGCUCGGGCGUGACCAUGGGGAAGCAGAACAGCAAGCUGCGCCCGGAGAUGCUGCAGGACCUGCGGGAGAACACGGAGUUCUCGGACCUGGAGCUGCAGGAGUGGUACAAGGGCUUCCUCAAGGACUGUCCCACCGGGAUCCUCAAUGUGGAGGAGUUCAAGAAGAUCUACGCUAACUUCUUCCCCUACGGCGACGCCUCCAAAUUCGCCGAGCACGUCUUCCGCACCUUCGACACCAAUGGGGAUGGCACCAUCGACUUCCGAGAGUUCAUAAUCGCCCUGAGUGUCACCUCGCGGGGCAAGCUGGAGCAGAAGCUCAUGUGGGCCUUCAGCAUGUAUGACCUGGACGGCAAUGGCUACAUCAGCCGGGAGGAGAUGCUGGAGAUCGUGCAGGCCAUCUACAAAAUGGUUUCCUCGGUGAUGAAGAUGCCUGAGGAUGAAUCCACCCCCGAGAAACGAACGGAGAAAAUCUUCCGACAGAUGGAUACUAAUAACGAUGGCAAACUGUCUCUGGAAGAGUUCAUCAAAGGUGCCAAGAGUGACCCGUCCAUCGUGCGGCUGCUGCAGUGCGACCCCAGCAGCGCCUCGCAGUUUUGAGCCCGCCCCAGCGCCGCCUGGCAGGGAUGGGCCGCGUCCCCUGCCGCCCGCAGCCGCCACGACACCUGACCUCACAACAGCACCGGCUCCAACAGGGAGACCCGUGUCCCACCGCCCUCGGGACUGGGGCUGGGGCCGGGGGACGUGCUCCCGCCAAGCGCCAGCACUGCCAACGUCUUCGACUUAUCUGCUCCCUUUCCCCAAUGCUACAUCCAUAGAUGUGUACGUGUGAGUGUGCAGCUCUUUUGGGGGCAGGGGGGGUCACGAGCCACUUUCACCUACGCGCUUGGUGGGGCUGGGGCCAGAGGCUGCUCUGAGGAGCUGGGGGGGGGUAGUCUCCUGACUGGAGCUGCAGGCUGCUCUGCUGUGCUGUGGGCGGGGGUGCAGCUCAGCCCCGUUCUCUCUGCAGGAGGGGAAGAGAUGCCAGACCUCUGCCUUGUAUCCAGUGGGGGUGGGGAGCCAGGUCAGCUGAGCGCCUGCCGCAGCAGUAACCCCUGCUGUAGCCAGGACCCGCCGUCCUUUCCCCCAUGCUCUGCCUGGUCCUCCAGCAGGAGUGAGGCCAGGCUACCCCCACCCUCUCCAUUGCCACAGUCCUAGUCAGGGGGCUUCAGCAGUAUUGGCCCUGGUACCUGCCCUCAAGGGGAAAGCCCGGCUGCCCUGCUGGUGCCUCCUGGGUGCAGCUAGGGAGGCCCCGGCUGGGAGCAGCAUGCAGCCAGGUAGGGUCCGAGUGCACGCAGAGACAGCCUCCCAGGCUCUCCCCAGCUGCAGCUGGGCCCCGGGCAGGCUUCUCCAAGACUUGGCUCCCUGCAGCCCCGGUGCAGUGGGCAGAGCAAGCCCAGCCCAACUCUGAGCCAGCCGGAGGGCCAGGGCUUCUCUCGCCACCACCCAGCUGGGGAACAAGACCUCGCUCAGUGCCUCUGGGGAAAAUAGGAGCCCGACCCCCUCCGGCAAGGCCAAAAAGGGGGCCUGAGAUAAAGGAAAGGUCACUCCAUCCUAUGCAGGGCUGGGGGCUGGGCAGGAGGAAAAGGAUGCCAGGGACCGUGGGAUCUGGGAGAACAGGCUGUCCCUCCCAGCUCCCUACCAGAGCAGACCCCCUGCCUCAGCCAGAGGCGCCUGAGCUUCUGGCCACUCCACCACCCCUGAGGGUAGAGGGGAGAGCCACCACUGACAGGGGCCUGGGCAGGAGAAGCUCUGGGGGGAGAAGGGACCAUGGUGAUCCCCAGUCCUUGACAGCCAGUCCCUGGCUCCCACCUCCUGCAUCUGGGCAAGAGCCUGGAGCACGGGCAGAUGCCAGCUCCCACUCAACCCCACUGUCCUGGGGUGCCUGCCGGCCCCUCCCCACCCCGUGCACUUUGCCACACGCACCAAGACAGAGGCCCCACACAGGCACAUGCCAGCCCCUCCGCCCUCGCCCCCUCCCUCAGUUCUCUCCCCAGGACCAGCCUGGGGGGAGCCCGGGGCAGCCCAGCACGAGACGCAGCAGGCGCUAGUCCCACUCCGUAGGGCCCGGGGUGCACGCGGUGGGGGGGGGCUGCUUUUGUUCUUUUAAUAACUUCAGAAUAAAGUUUUGUCUCAGUGCA